AUGAUCCUCGCCGCGGCGGUAUCCGCCAAGGGCGACAAUAAUGGCGAUAGCGUCAAGUCCCAGUGCAAGUCGUACGCCAGGCUCACCAAGGCGACGGAGCUCGCCGCCAACGCCACCAAGCUGGCCGACAAGUUCGACAACAACCAGACCGAGAUCGAUGCCUUCAAGGCCAAGGUCGCCGAUAAGCAGACCGAGCUGGCCACCCUCGCGUCCAACUCGACCCUCAUGAGCUCGUGCGCCGUUGUGCAGGCCGUGGAGGAUGACAAGGACGCCUGUGACGACAUGGAGGACAUGGAGAAGAUGAUUGAGAAGGCCAGCAAUCCCACCAAGCUUGCCGACAAAUUUGACAACAACGCAACCAAGAUUGCUGAGUUCAAGGCCAAGGCUAGCGAUGCCGUUACCAAGCUCGCCGAUAUGCAGGGCAACACCACCCUCCUCGCCUUCUGCUCCGUUCAGAAUGACAUUUCCAGCUGCAAGAAGAUGGCCAAGCUUGAGAAGACUAUCGCCAAGGCGGGUAACACGACCUAUUUGAAUUCAAAGUUCGAUGGCAACGCCACCAAGAUCGCGGAGUUCCAGGACAAGGCCGCGAAGGCCCAGAUCAAGCUCGAUGCCCUCAUGGCCAACUCGUCUCUCAUGGACACCUGUAGACGCCUGGCCCAAGCUGGCACCAGCGCAUCCGACAAUAGCUCUCUCGCCGGUCACAUCGAGAUCGUCGGCGGCCUGGUCACCAUGCUGGCCGUUGCUACCGCCAUGUUCAUGCUGUAA